AUGACCGACAAUACGCAAGUCGAAAAGGACAUCAAGGCCGCCGAGGAUGGUCUUGAGCCGACCAAAUCAUUGACGGCGGGCGAGCUCGAGCACCUGGAUGCAUCGACAGCGUUCCUCCACGAGAACAACAUCAGUGAGGAGUACCUCUCUGAAUUGGUAAACGACAAGGAAAAGAACCGCCGCCUUGUUCGAAAGAUCGACCUCAUUGUUCUGCCUCUGCUGGCUGGCACUUAUGUGCUCCAGUAUAUUGACAAGCAGGCGCUGUCGUACGCGGCCGUGUUCGAUCUAUUCACCAGUACCAGUGUCACACAGACAGAGUACUCGUGGUUUGCCAGCAUCUUUUACCUGGCCUAUCUGGUGGCCGAAUACCCAUGGGUCUAUCUCGCGCAGAAGACACGCAUGGGAAAGGUCGUGGCCGGGUGUGUGCUCUCAUGGGGUUCCGUCUUGAUGAUCACGGCCGCGUGCUCCAACUUCCCUGGACUCGCGGUAUGUAGAUUCCUGCUCGGAGCCUUUGAGGCGCCGAUUACUACCUGCUUCAUGAUGAUGGUUUCGAUGUGGUACGUCCGGUCGGAGCAACCCCUGAGGGCUGGUAUGUUCUACUGCUGCAAUGGUAUCGGAUCCAUGCUCGGCGGUCUUCUCAGUUACGCCAUUGGGCAGAUCCACUCCUUCCCCGUGUGGAAGGCCGUUUUCCUCAUCUGCGGUGGCAUAACCAUAAUCUGGGGCGUAGUCCUUCUUUUCUGUCUGCCCGAUAGCAUUCUUACCGCGAAGCGUUUCUCUCUUGAGGAACGCGCUCUCCUCGUCGGCCGUGCACGCCUUGCCAGGACAGGCGUUCUGAACAAGACAAUUCAAUGGUACCAGAUUAAGGAGGCGUGUCUUGACCCUCAGGUUUGGCUACUCACGCUUUUCGUACUGCUCAACGAAGUCAUUAAUGGUGGUGUGGCCAACUUUGGCAAGCUCAUCAUCAAGGGGUUGGUCUCGGACCCUCUACUCACCACGGCGCUGGGUAUCCCACAGGGCGCGUUCCAGGUGUUCUGGAUUCUGACUGGAACUUUUACGGCGACGAAGCUGAAGAAUCACCGCACAACAGUCAUGGCCAUCUGGUUGAUACCUACCAUCCUGGGUUGCGUGAUGAUGUGGAAGCUCGACAGACAACACCACAAGAUUGGAGUCCUUUUCGGCUACUACCUCGUCGGCGCGUUCGUUGCCUCCUUGGUCCUCGCCUUGCAGAUGCCGGCGACCAACUUGGGUGGAUACACGAAGCGUAUCACAGCUUCAGCCAUUGUCUUUACUGCGUACUGCGUCGGAAACAUUAUCGGUCCUCAUGCAUUCUUGGCAAAAGAGGCACCACUAUACCCAACCGGGUGUAAGGUUAUCCUCGCGUGCUCAGUAGCGCAAAUGUGUGUUGCCAUUGGCCUGCGGAUGCUUUUGAUGCGCCGUAACAAGUUGAGGGAUGAGGCGGCGGCGGCUGCUCCUGUUACACUGGACGCUGAGAAUGAAGAUGACGGUGUCGAUUUGACCGAUAAAGAGAACAUCAACUUCCGUUAUGUGCUGUAA